CCGAUCCCUGCAUCACAUGCAGCAGGGGCCCGCCUACGUUUUGUAACACGCAUCGCGGAUGUUACCAAACAAAUGCUUCCAGUUUACACAACGUCUUGAAACUUAGGGAGGAAAUUUGCGCGACAAACUCAAAGUCAUGGCCCAUACAUGUAUCCACUGGUUCCGCAAGGGACUCAGGCUGCAUGACAACCCGGCGUUGGUGGCUGCUCUCAGGGAGUGUAAGGAGCUCUACCCUGUGUUUGUCCUGGACCCGUACAGCUACAACAGCACCCAUGUUGGCAUCAACCGCUGGAGGUUUCUGAUUGGAGCCCUCAAAGACCUGGACUGCAGCCUCAGGAAACUAAACUCCAGAUUGUUUGUUGUGAGAGGGAAACCGGAGGAGGUGUUUCCCAAGCUGUUCAACAAGUGGAACGUAACAAAGCUGACCUACGAGUACGACACAGAGCCCUACAGCCUGAGCACGGAUAAGAAGGUGACCACGCUGGCCAAAGAACAUGGAGUUGAAGUCAUCUAUAAAAUCUCCCACACACUCUACAACAUAGACAGGAUAAUAGAAGAAAACAACGGGAAGGCUCCUCUUACUUACAACCGACUGCAGUCAGUAGUGAAGACCCUUGGUCCCCCUAAAAGACCGGUUCCUGCUCCAACUAUAGACGACAUGAAAGGUGUGAAGACACCUUACACAGACAAACAUGAGAAGAAAUAUGGGAUCCCCACUUUAGAGGAGCUUGGAUAUGACACAGCAUCUCUGAGUGAGGAGAAGUUUCCAGGAGGAGAGCAGGAGGCACUGAAGAGACUGGAUGAGCAUAUGAAAAGAACGGGAUGGAUUUGUAGUUUUGAGAAGCCCCAGACGUCCCCAAACUCUUUAAGCCCCAGUACCACUGUUCUCAGUCCGUAUGUCACCUUUGGGUGCCUGUCUGCACGUACCUUCUGGUGGAGACUGACAGACGUCUACCAGGGGAAGAAGCACUCAGAUCCCCCAGUUUCCCUGCAUGGCCAGUUACUGUGGAGAGAGUUCUUCUACACGGCCAGUGUGGGCAUCCCCAAUUUCAACAAGAUGGUGGGCAACCCUGUGUGCACACAGAUCGACUGGGACACCAACACAGAGUAUCUGGCUGCAUGGAGAGAGGCUCGGACAGGUUUCCCCUUCAUUGAUGCCAUCAUGACUCAGUUGAGGCAGGAGGGCUGGAUCCACCACCUGGCCAGACAUGCUGUGGCCUGUUUCCUCACCAGGGGAGACCUCUGGAUAAGCUGGGAAGAGGGACAGAAGGUGUUUGAGGAGCUUUUACUGGACGGCGACUGGGCUCUGAAUGCUGGGAACUGGCAGUGGCUCUCAGCCAGUGCCUUCUUCCACCAGUACUUCAGGGUCUACUCCCCCAUCGCUUUUGGGAAGAAGACAGACAAAAAUGGAGAUUAUAUCAAGAAGUACCUCCCUCUCCUGAAGAAGUUCCCUGCCCAGUAUAUCUAUGAGCCUUGGAAAGCUCCUCGCAGCGUCCAGCAGGCAGCAGGAUGCAUUGUGGGUAAAGACUACCCACAUCCCGUUGUAGAGCAUGAAGUGAUCAGCAAAAAGAACAUCCAGAGGAUGAAGAUCGCUUAUGCCAAGAGAUCCCCAGACCUCACUGAGUCACCCAGCAAAAAGACAGGUAAAAAACGCAAGGCUCCAUCUGUUGUGGACAUGCUGAAGAAGAAAAAGUAAUGUGACAAACGAAUAAUGCAGCAGCUGUUUAAAGCAUGAUCUUGCUUUCCAGAUUCAUGAGGGUGUUGCUGCACAGGCAGAGACUCUUUUGUUUACGUGGGCAAGAAGUCCAUUAUAUCUACCUCUCUUUUGGAGUCUUUAUUGGAUACUGUAGGGACUAUGGUAAAUUUCAUACUGCUUUAACAUUUUUGUUUUCAACUUUUUUAAUAUUAUAUUACUGUAUCAGUUUUUUGUAAUACUGUUAAGUCUUAGAUUUUUGCUAAACUUGUCCAAUAUUUUGUGAUAUUCUUUCCAUGCAUAUGGUCUCGAUUUAGAUUAUAAUCUUGUUUAUAUGGUUGUACAUGGGGGCAAGGCAAUCUAUGCCUGCCUCACUAGAGGACCUUUUCCUGUUUGCUAUGACUAAAAAGGGGAAUUUGAUUUACAAAGUUAUAUUGCAGUAAUUUGUUGAUUAUUUUGUUGUGUGUAAAUGGUUUUAUUUUUUAUCUCAACUGUAUCCACUUCAUGUAAAAUGUGUCCAAAAUAAAUUUCAAAUAUUAAUA